AUGUCCUCCGACGACUGUUGUAACGAUCGAAGAGAGAACUGUCUGGUGACAGUGGUCGGGUCUCUGAGUGCGGAUUUCACAUUCCGUUGUAGAUUACCCAGAUUACCAAAGCCUGGUGAGACUGUACCCGGUGAUAAGUUCACUCAGAGUUGGGGUGGUAAGGGUGCCAACCAAGCAGUUGCUGCUGGCAUAUUACUCUCUACUAACGACUCCGAUACGCCGAUGGUCCAGAUGAUAGGGUGUGUGAGUGCUGAUGACGGUCUUGGAACUGCAUACAAGGAGCAUCUCAAGGAAACUGGUGUUGGUGCGGAUUACCUAAACCUCUUACCGGGAACUAGUACCGGUGUGGCAGGGAUUAUCGUAUCAGGAGCAGCUGAUGCAGAGAAUAACAUAGUGGUGGUCCCGGGCACCAAUGGAAUGUUAACUCAAGCCAUGAUUAGUGGCUGUCGUGAAGUAGCCAAGGCUAUCGAGACAUCGAAGGUGUUAGUACUCCAAUGUGAGGUUCCAGUUGAUGCUGUAGUAGAAUCCCUUCGAGUAGCAUCUAAGUCCUCCAAUACCCUCUCACUGCUCAACGCAGCUCCAGCCCCUGUAGUACCUGGGCAGCAACUGCCUCGGGAGGCUCACAAAAUGGUUGAUAUAUUGGUUGUCAACGAGGAAGAGGCUGCGGCUUUAGACCAUCUACUAAGCGGCAAGAAUGAGUCCUCCGCUGACGUUACGGCGGACCCCAAAGCAGCAAUAGCCAUGGCUGAUAGGCUGUUGAAGAGUUCCGGGACCAAGUGGUUAUGUAUUGUGAGUCUGGGUGGUGCUGGAUGCGCAUAUGCUUGCGUGGAUGGGAGUAGCGGUGCAUUGCCGUGCCCUAGUGCUCCAUCUGAUAGGGAUAAGUACUGUACAUCGACUGUAGGAGCUGGAGACUGUAUGGUUGGCAGUAUGGCUGCUUUGCUCGCUUCUGGGGAGAAGAAUCCUACAAGACUCUGUAAACUCUCUAUGAGUGUAGCGACUCAAGCUGUUUUCGGUUGCCCUAGUAGAGCUAGAGGGGAACAUGUUUGCACAUGCAAUGCCCCUGGGAAGACCCGUAAUGCGGGAAUGAUUCACGAUCGAUAUCCCAAGCUCCAACAGUGUAAUGUGGAGGUCCAACAAGUUAUCAACAAACACCUUAACCGCCAUCAUUAACCGCUACCAUUCUUAAUUGUUUAGUUGUUGUUGUUGCAAGUGUAUCUGUUUUAUUAUUGUAUGGUGAUGAUGAUUCUGGUCCUGUUAUGAUGAUGACCGUGGUUAUCCACUACCAA